CAUCUGGUGGCGCUGUGGAGCCAUUUCGGCUUUGGCACAAGCAGAGAAGAAGCAGCAGCACCGGGGAAACAACAACGUGGUUUAUUUCUAAUCUGGUUCACUUUAUUUACAAUGAAGCACACGGAAGCAAGGCAGCAGCAUCCUUCUCUCUAUUUAGAUGUUUGCUACCGGCGCGAGGAGCCGUGCCUGCCGCUCCACACCUCAGUCGCCCUGUUCCUCCUCUCCUACUGUAAGUGCAAGUCUUUCAACGUUUUCCUGGUCUCCAAACGACCUGGCAGCGCCCUGUCAUCGCUCAGGAGCCACAUCCCAGCGUCCGUGGACGCGUGUGAGCUCCAGGCGGAGCUUCUGCCGCGUCUGGUGAGAUGCUGCCGUCUGCCCGCGGUUCUGGAUGAGACGGGCCGCUCGUGCAGGGCAGGACUGGCAGUGGUUCUGAGACAUGUCAUCAGCCGGACCUUGGAGGAGGAUCCUUCACGGAAUGACGUGCGAGCACUGCUGGGCUUCAAGAAGACCUGCCUGAAGGCCUGUGCUGAGGUGAGCAAGUGGACCAGGCUGUGUGAAAUUGGCAUUCCUUCCGCCGUUGAAGAAUACCUCCAAAGUCCCACAAAUCAAUAUCCGCCGCCGCCGCUCCCCAUCCUCACGCUAGAGCAACGGCUAGCGGAGCCUGUCAAAGUCCACAAUGAUGAUAAAAUACGGAGGCAGAAACUCCAAGAGCAGAGAAAGCAUGAAAAGAUUGAGUCUGCUGAGGGCCGGCGGGACGCGGAGCUCCACUCUAAGCCUGCACAGGCGCCUCAGGUCCCCGACGGACUUGAGCUCAGGGCUGCUUUGGCCAGGCUGUCUGUGGAGCCAGUUCCAGCUCCCACCACUAGAGAGAACUCCGAGAUCAGGAAAGUGAGGACCACGGACCUGCCUCCGCUGGAGCAUGUAUUUGCUGAAGGGCUGUACUUCACUCUGACUGAUGUAGUGCUACUGCCGUGCAUCCAUAAGUACCUGUGUUGCCUUCAAGCGCACAAUGCGAGUGGCCUCCACCAGCUCCCCCACCUGCUGCGGUGGUACAGCCGUGUGCAGGAGGUACCUGGGGUCCUUGAGUCAGCCACGGCCUGUGGGAUGACACUGUUCGCCCCCCACAUUCCCACAUCUGGCCCCCCAGAACCAUCAGCAGGGAACAGUCCAACUAGUCCAGUGGAGCAGGAAGAAGCUAAUGAGACGCUUCCCUUUGUCGGCGGCCCCAGACCCACAAUGACCAAACUUAAGGAAAAUGGCAUCGAAGCAGUCUUCGCUCCUCAUCCGCGCCCCGGCUGGACCCUCCCAUGGGACAGCUUACCCGCAGCCAUCAACCCCAAUGAAGGGAAAAUGUCCGACGUGCGUGCAGACAGGAAGAGGCAACAGCUGAACAACCUGGUUGCCGCGGUUACGCAGCUAGCCAGGCCGGGCCACACCGUGGUGGAUUUCUGCAGCGGAACGGGCCACGUGGGGAUCGUCCUGGCUCACGCGCUGCCCGAUUGCCAGGUGAUUCUCAUAGAGAACAAAGAGGAGUCACUGGUCAGGGCACAGAGCCGCUGCACUGAGCUCGGCCUGGAGAACAUCGGCUUCAUCCAGGCCAACCUGGACUACUUCACCGGGCCGUUCCACGUCGGGGUCGGGCUCCAUGCAUGCGGCGUGGCAACAGACAUGGUGAUGGAGCACUGCAUCCAGGCCGGCGCCGCCUUCGUCGUCAGCCCUUGUUGCUACGGCUUCAUUCAGAACGCGGUCAAGUUCACGUUCCCCAAGAGCAAAAGGUUUCAGGAGACUCUGACUUACAAGGAACACAUGGUCCUCUGCCGCUUCGCCGACCAAACCGCUGUCCAGCUCCCCCCCGAGAGGCGGCUCAUAGGUAAACAGUGCAUGGGCCUGGUGGACCUGGACCGCUCGUGGGCAGCAGAGACUCACGGCUACUCGGUGCAGGUGACGACCAUGGAGCCAGAAAGCUGUUCACCAAAGAACAACAUGCUGGUGGGAAGGCCUGGAAGGCAACACUAGCAAAAAAACGCUCGCAAAGGCCUAAAUAGGGCGACGACCACGUUGUGCAGCAAAGGGUUGGGAGCAGCGGGCCAGGUACCGACAGAAGGAGCGGGACUUCAAAGGCGGAACCCUGCCGGAUGAUCUGUGGAUGAACGUGUGUGUUUGUGAGAUGCUGCAAAAGCAAAAUAACGCAUCCGGUAGAGAUGUGCCCGGGUUCUACAGAGAACCUGAUUAUUCCUCACAGGGUGCAUGUGAAUAUGUUAUGCAUCCUGUAAUACGUUGAGCAGCUAUGAAUAUUUGAUGCUGCUGGUGAAAAAGGUCAGCGUGCUUGAUUAGGAGUGCGGCGUUCGCAGCCCGGCAGCUCGCAGUCGCACACUAUGUUCUCCGUUUCCAAUCCUGUGCCGCCGCAGACGCUCCGCAGCCCCUAAGCUUUCGGUCCAUCAGCUGAAACUGGUCCGUUUCUCUGAAUAAUGCUUGAGGAAUCGGGGGAGGCGUCGUUUCCCUGUUCACGCUCGGCGGAGAGGCGGCGGCGGCUCAUCUGAAUGCAGGCGGCGCAGUCAAUCUGUCCCGGGGUGAAUGGCCACAGACACAGCUCCCUCCAAGGACUGGAAUUAUUUCAAAAGGAGGCGUCUGAGUCGCUGUUCACGCUCGCGGCUCUGCACAAGUGCACAUUACAGAAAUGCAUAUAGGCAGAAAGGAGGGAGCGAGAGAGUGGGUGGCGAGUGUGAGUGUGGAGGUGAACAGUGGGUUGAUUCAACUCCGACACCCGGGGCCGGAAGGUGACUUGACAAGACCCUUUGUUUAAGCAUAGCUGUUAGACCCUUGAGCUUACUUCUAUGCAAACAAAGCAUUUCUUUGCUAAUAAUGAGCCUCGUGAAGCCUUGGUGACAGCGAGCCACUGAGCAAAAUCUACUUUUAGAGUGAGUGAUUUUUCAAAUCUGUGAAAACUAUUGUCUUUUGUGAUCUUGGCAGUCGCUCUUAAGCAGACGCGUCUCGCCUCUGUGCGCUGGCCUGGAGAUUCCUCUCCAUUACUACAGUUCAUUGAUGCUCUCUAUCCGUGGCCUCCUCCCUGAUGCUAUGAAACGCUGACCUUGUUUGUGUGUUCUGGGUUACUGUAACAGGCUCCGACGUAAAGGUGGGAUGAAAUGGGUACCGAAGGCCUGGCUGCUGCCCUUUGUGUUUUGCAUACGUUGCUCCUGAUGUGAUCUCUGAUUUUCUAAUAAACAUUGUUGAUUAUAAUUA